CUCACAGAACACUAUUGUCCCGUCCUGCACAAAGAGUCAGCCUGUGCAUACACACACUCUCAAUCUGUCCAAGACCUCUGGCUCCUUCUCACCAGCAGCACUGAAAGUUCACUGUGUGAGGGAGUGUGUACAGCAGUGUGAGAGCGUCAUUCUCCCCUGAUGCCUCGUGGGAGCUACACUUGAAGAUCCAUCAUGGAGAUAUAUAUCCUGGGGAUCAUCAUUGCAAUAUGUGGCAACUUCCUCAUCAGUAUCUCACUGAACAUCCAGAAGUACACCCACAUACGUCAGUCCCAGCGGGGCACCAGACCGUACUACACCAGCCGUCUGUGGUGGUGUGGGAUUCUGCUCAUGGGGCUUGGGGAGAUGGGAAAUUUUGCAGCGUAUGGAUUCGCUCCAGCCUCCCUCAUCGCUCCACUUGGUUGCGUGUCUGUCAUUGCCAGUGCUAUCAUCUCUGUGGUCUUUCUUAAAGAGACAUUACGAGCAUCUGAUGUUUUGGGGGGCGCGCUUGCUCUCACGGGCACGUACUUGCUGGUGACCUUUGCCCCACACUCUGCCCCCCACGUGACGGCCAACAUGGUGGAGCGCUGUCUUAUUAGCUGGCAGUUCCUCAUCUAUUUUUUUGUUGAGGUUGUUUUGUUUUGCCUCCUGCUCUACCUCUAUAAGUGCAGGAAUGUGAAACACAUUGUCAUUGUGAUGCUCCUGGUGGCUUUGCUGGCCUCUGUGACAGUGAUCUCAGUGAAAGCCGUGUCUGGGAUGCUCACGGAGACAGUACGUGGGAGCCACCUGCAGCUCACCUACCCUGUCUUCUAUAUCAUGUUCAUCGUCAUGGUAGCCUCCUGUGCCUUCCAGAUUAAAUUUCUUAAUGAGGCCAUGAAGAUGUUUGAUGCCACAGAGAUUGUGCCAAUCAAUUAUGUGUUCUUCACAGCCAGUGCAGUAGUAGCAGGGAUUUUAUUCUAUGAGGAGUUUUAUGGUCUAUCAAUUAUAUACAUUAUCAUGUUCGUACUUGGGUGCUUGUUAGCAUUUACUGGAGUGUUUUUGAUUGCUAGAAGUAGACCCAAAAUCAAAAUGGACAGAGUCUUCAUCUCUAUGGGCCAAAUUCCAGGUAAGACCAGCACUGAUAAGGUGCAGCCAGAGACGAAGGACAGUAAAUAUGGAACUCUGGCCUCCAAAUUUGUGUGCAACAGUGGAGUCCAAGAUGACUCUUAGCUCGCCACCUUGUGGAGGAACAGAGAACUGCAAUGUGGUCAGAGGCUAGAGCAACAAACACAUUGCAAGGAGAUGUGUAUAUGUGUGCAAGACAAGAGAAACGUGCUAUGGUAACUGACUGAGUACUAAAUGUGGACUUUAGGUUCCUGUAUUAAGCUUCUCGGAGAAGUGCUGAUCAUUGGCUCAUAAUGAUCACAUUUAUUCAGAUCAAAAGGAGCAACAGAUUCAGCUCUAUUACUCUGGUCUCUAUGAGCCCUGGUUAGAUACGAGCUGAUGUAGUGUUCCCAGGACAUCGAGCCUUAAACAGAAGUUAGCACUUUCAUUCAGAAUAAUCUAAUUUUUAAUAGCUAACUGUCCUCUAAUUGUUUUUAGAAAAUGUGUAAUUUUUACAUUUUUGUUAAUUUUAUUCUUAGAUGUAAUAAACUACUGGUGCUGUAACGAUGUUCUUGUCUGCUUUCUGCUAAAAUGUCUCAACUGUGCAUGGUAAAUUACCAUUGUCUACAACUGUGACAAAGUUGCACUGUUUUUAUGUGAAACUCAGUUUACAAACCUAAACGUCACACUCUGUAGUCAGUCCUGCAGUCCUGAUUCACCUAUCUGCACAAGUGCUAUGGAGCAGUGAAGAUGCUCCCUUCCUGUAACAGAUCUAUGAACAGGACCUGUAGACUGUAAAAACAACACACAGCUGUAAGAUCAGCACGCACAGGGGAUUACAUACUCUUAAAAUACGUAUCAUGUCCAAGAGCUUCAACAGUUGAGUCUUGAAGAGAUUGCAAAGAGCAGAGCAAGCAAAAUAGCCUAAAUCGAGUCUUUCUAAUAUUUUAAGAAAAUCUUAAGGGGACACGCAUCUUGAGGACAUCAAAGCUUGAGGAUAUGUGGGACUGAGUGUUUCUGUCUGUGGGUUCCAUUUUGUUGCUGAAGAUCUGUUGUUAAACCGAUGACAUUAGGUUAAGAGCACAGAGCAAGAUCAUGCUUUCAUUUCCUUCUCUGGGAGUCUUUGUUUAGUGAACUAGGGUUUUCAAAUUAGACACUGAUUGAAAGAUUGGAUUAUGUCUGUAUAUGCCCUUUUUUAUUGACUGCCCUUCAGCGUUUUAUGUUUUAAAUGAGUAUUCAUUAUACAAUAGCAAAUGGUUUGUUUGCAUUUGUGUGCAUGUUUUCACUGGUCCUUUUUUACUAGGAUGGUAAUCUCUUCUUAAUUAGGGCAUGUGAAGUAGAUGACGUGUGCUGUCAUAUAUUUUCUCUAUGUUUAUAUUUAAGUGUUUUAGUUCAGUUCAAAACUUAACCAGUUCAUGAAUAAAAUAUUACUUUUGGG